UCGGCUUUGCAGAGGAGCUGUCUUAAGUGGUUUCCUGUGCCGUGGUGAAUUUGCCGCUGCUGGAAGUUGAUGAACUGAGAGCUUUGGCGAGCUGAGAAACCACAACAUGAGUGAUCAAAGCUUCUCAGAAAUCCUGAACUUGGAAUUAUAAAUAGUUGUGAUCCCCAUAAGGCAGUGACCUAUGAUGAUUUGCAUAUCAACUUCACUCGGGAAGAGUGGGAUUUGCUGGCUCCUUCCCAGAAGAAUCUCUACAAAGAUGUGAUGCUGGAGACCUACAGGAACCUCGCUUCUGUAGGAUGCGUUUGGGAAGACCAUAAUACUAAAGAACAUUGUCUAUUUUCUAGAAGACUUGAAAGGAUUGAAAGAAUUCAAACUGGAGAGAAACUUUCAGUAUAUAUUCAAUGUGGUAAACCCUUGACAUAUGACAGUCAGCUUAAAUGGAAUGAAAGAACACACACUGGAGAGAAGCCCUAUGAAUGUAAUCAGUGUGGUAAGGCCUUUGCAGUUUACAAUAAUCUUCAAAUCCAUAAAAGAAUACAUACUGGAGAGAAACCCUACGAAUGUAAUCAGUGUGGGAAGGCCUUUGCACAGUACAGUGCUCUUCAAUGCCAUAAAAGAACACACACUGGAGAGAAACCCUAUGAAUGUAAUCAGUGUGGUAAGGCAUUUGCAGCUCACAAUAAUCUUCAAACCCAUAAAAGAACACAUACUGGAGAGAAACCAUAUGAGUGUAAUCAGUGUGGUAAGGCCUUUGCAGCUCAGACUAAUCUUCAAAAGCAUAAAAGAACACAUACUGGAGAGAAACCCUACGAAUGUAAUCAGUGUGGUAAGACCUUUUCAGUUCAUAGUACUCUUCAAAACCAUAAAAGAACACAUACUGGAGAGAAACCCUAUGAAUGUAAUCACUGUGGGAAGGCCUUUGCACAGUACAGUGCUCUUCUCUGCCAUAAAAGAACACACACUGGAGAAAAACCAUAUGCGUGUGAUCAGUGCAGUAAGGCCUUUGCAGCUCACAGUAAUCUUCAAAGCCAUAAAGAAACACAUACUGGAGAGAAACACUAUGAAUGUAAUCACUGUGGGAAGGCCUUUGCACAAUACAGUGGUCUUCAGCAUCAUAAAAAAACACAUACUGGAAAGAAGCCCUAUGAAUGUAAUCAGUGUGGUAAAGCAUUUGCAGCUCACAGUACUCUUCAAACCCAUAAAAGAAGACACACUGGAGAGAAACCUUAUGAACGUAAUGAGUGUGGUAAGGCAUUUGCAGCUUCUGGUAAUCUUAAAAUGCAUAAAAGAUCUCACCCUAGAUAGAAACACUUUGAAUGUAAUCAGUGUGGUAAGAGCUUUGCACAGCACAGUGAUCUUCAAAUGCAUAAAAGAACAUACAAAAGAGAGAAACCCCAUGGGUGUAUUCAGUGUGGUAAAGCCUUUGCAGAUGACAGAAAUCUUCCAAGGCUUAAAAACAGUAUGAAUGAAAUCAGUGUGAUAAAGCCUUUUCAUGUCUUAUUCAUCUUAAAGUGCAUAAAUGUACACAUAUAGGAGAAAAACCAUGGAGAGAAUCUAUGUGGUAAAUCCUUUGUCACAACAAUUUACAAAUACAUUAAAUAAACAAUCAAGGAAGGAAAUUAUAAUUGUAAUAAAUGUCUUCAAAAACAUGACAAAAAUCAUACUGCAGUGAAAUUCUAUAAAUAAACUUUUUUGUGUAAUCAAUCUGAGAAAGCUUUUGCAAAUUACAAUAGUCUUUGUGUACCUGAAGAACAGCCUGAGGGCUUAUUCUAAAUUAUUUUUCAAGAUCGUAAGCAAAUACACUUACAAUCAAACAACUAACAGCAUUCAUUCUGUAGAAAAAAUUUGAUAGUGUCAAUAAUUCUGUUGAAUAUAAUACCUUUUUUUGCACAAGCAAACUAAUGGACAAAACGUAAUUAUUGAAUUUAUGCUGACCUGUGGGCAAGACAAAGAGCCAGUCAAAGAAUCACACCGUGGUACUGAAAUGACAUCCAAAGGAAAACACUUUGUCCCUGAAUCUUGAGCUAGUUAUAGAGACAACAUCACCCUGAAGACAGAGCCAAAAGCCAAUGAAAGAAAUACACUUUGGCUCUCAAACUAGAGCUAAAACACACUCUAGCCUUGUCCAACUGAGCACAAAGCCAACCACUCUCUGAGCACAAAAUCCAGCCCAUGUCUCAGCUUGUUCAACUCAUGGAUUGAGAUCUGACCAGUUUCCACCUUCAAAUUCUCCUUAGAAGAGAUCUGGUUUUAAGAAGCCCUAUAUGAGCCAUAUGCUCAUUCAGUUGGCAGCUGUCCUUUUCCACUGUGGCAGAGACAGUCACUCUCUUCCCUCCCAAAUAAAGCUCUUGAUUGUGAUUUCUGUGAAGAACUUCUUUCACUGGAAUGGAUCAGAAACUCCCUAGUGGAGUUGAAUUGAGAUAUAAUUGAUACUUCUACUUAGAAACUCAUUUAACCCAGAGGAGCACAGCAGCAAUGGACACCUCUUUUGAAGCACUCCGUUAGGGGGGUGGAGCAGAUCAGUAACAGACAUGUCUGCUUGGAAACUCUUAGAAGAAUGGAACAGAUCCCAGCUGUGAUGGCUCUCUUUCAGAGAGGAACAUUAUUCCCUCAUCUAGUGGGGUGCCCUUCUCUUCACAACUGUAGGUGUGUCCUGACUUCAGGCAGUAAGGGUACCUUUCCCUCCAGAACUGUAACUCUUGUGCUAUGAAUCUGAGUGAUAAUGAAACCCUUUUAGAUUUUAUACUUCUCUUCAAUUGCAAGGCAUAAGUAAUUCACAUGUGUAAUCACUCCUUUUUGUUGUGAUACCAUCUCUAUUUCAAAUUAUAAAUGCAUUUAAUUUGGCCCUUGGUCCUCGAAGAUAAAAGGAUCACCAUGAAAGUUCCAUGGCAAAAAUUGUCAGACAUGGCACCUGAAGCAGGAGCUUAAGAAGUCACAUCCUUAAUCUCCUGCAUAAAGCAGAAAGUAGGAACUGGAACUGGUGUAUCGAUGUAAAUUCUCACAGCCUACUCUCAGUGACAUAUUUCCUUCAGCAUGUUCUAAAUCUUCCCAAAUGAUACCACCAACUUAGAAGGACUAAUUUCUCUUACUUCAAGCUUAAAUUUGCUUUCUCUUUCAUGAACCAGUUCAUGAAGAAAAACUCUGUAAGUGAGCUGUCAGAUACCUCAACUCCUCAUUUAGAGUGAUAAAUGCUUACAGGAGAUAUAUGUUCAUGAGUAAAAAACUGAUUAAAACGUUGUUUUAAUUGUAA